AUGCUUGAGAAGGUUAUGAACCCUUCGAGGAAAGAUUGGUCUUUCAGACUGGAUGACGCUUUAUGGGCAUUACAGAUAGCAUACAAAAAUCUAUUAGGGAUUUCGCCGUAUCCAUUGGUUUUUGGGAAAGCAUGUCACUUUCCAGUUGAAUUGGAGCACAAAGCAAUAUGGACAAUUAAGCAAGUGAACAUGGACUAUGAAGCUGCUAGAAAGAAAAGGCUAUUGGAUAUCACUGAACUAGAGGAGAUUAGGCAAAAUGCCUAUGACAAUGCUGCAAUUUACAAGGAAAAGACCAAACAAGGGCAUGAUAGAAUUAUUUGCAGCGAUAAUUUAUCGCGGUCAACAAGUUUUAUUAUUCAAAUCCAGACUAAAAUUGCACCCGGGUAA